AUGGAAGAGUGGAAAGACCUUGACUUUUCACUGGAGGAAAGUGAAGCACUUAUCCUUGGAGAAAACAACACCUCACCCAAUGCUUUUGAAAACACAGUUGUUGGAAAAGUUUGGGCACAAGAUUCCUUCAACGUGAAAGCUUUCAAAAGCACACUGCUGACUAUCUGGAAAACGAGAGAAGCAGUGGAAAUUAUUGAACUGGAAAAAAACUUGUUCUCCUUCAAGUUUGCUGCAGCACGAGAUAGAGAUCUGGUUCUCAGAGGUCAACCAUGGACUUUCAAUGGUCAUGUUGUAGCACUACAGAAGAUAACAGGGGAGGAGCAACCAUCUGAAAUCAACCCACACACCUGCCCCAUGUGGGUCAGAAUUUAUGAUUUGCCCCUGAAUCUGAGAGACGCAGAGAACCUAAACAAAAUAGGAGGCAGCCUGGGUGAGUUCAUGGAACACGACAAAUCAGAGGAGUGUUUAGCAGGAAAGUAUGCCAGAGUGCGAGUCUCAGUAGAUCUGCAAAAACCUCUGAAGAGGGGUGCAAUAGCCCAAAUCACUCCGAUUAAGAAAGGUAAAAUCUUCUUCAAAUAUGAGAGGCUCCCUGACUUUUGCUAUGAGUGUGGGAUGCUGGGUCACACCUUCAAAGACUGCCCGGAUAGAGAUGAUGACCGCGAGGAAGAUGAAAAGCAGAAAUUUCCCUUUGGAAAAUGGAUGAGGGCUUCGCCGAGAAAAGUAACUUUAGUCCGAAAGGAAGGAUAUGCGGAGAGUGGGAAAAGCAUGAGAAAGUCUCUCUUCAAGUCAGAGAAGGAGAACUCCGAGGAAGUCCAGGAGGGCCAAACGUCAACUGAGAGAAGCUCAAAGGGGAAAGGAAAAAAGGUUUCUGCAAUAAAUGAAGACGACGAAGAAGAUACAGGAGAAACCUUACCUGCAAAACCCCAAAGCCUUGACAAAGUGGCUGAGGUUUUUCAAAACUUCACCAUUAACACUAAAUCAGGCCAUGAGAAGAAAAAAGAAGCAGAGAAGCAGAAUGAGGAGGAUGGGGAAAAGGAAGAGGAGAAUCAAAACCAAGGUGAAACAGAACUGAAGAAAAGGGGGGGUCUAAAAGGAUGGAAGAGAUUUGCAAGAUCCAAUCAAACAGACGCUCCACAGACACAGGUAACAUGUGCGGGGUCAAAGAGAUCAGAGAUGGAGAUCGAUGGUGUGGAAGAGGAAAACAGGGGCAGCGAGAAGAAGAACAGAACAGAUAUGGUGAUUGAUGAAAUAUCGGCGGUGCUGGAGGUCCAGCAUUGCCGGGAGCCAUGA